UUUUUCCCGAAGGCUUCUUCAUCAACACAACGUAUUGCUUCCUCUUCUUCUUCUUUCUGCCUCUUUCUCUAAGCAUUUCCCCAUAUGGGUCUCACCACUUCCUCUCUUAUAUCUUCUUGAGAUAACUAUGAAGAAGCCAUCUCAAUUCAGAUCCAGUCAAACCCUUCUCUUGUUCCUCUGAUCACCAACCAAACAACCCCAAUAACGAUCCAGCUUCUGUAAUAACAAGGGUAUGUCCAAAUCUUAUUUUUAGUUAAUUUUGUUUUUUUUUCUAAAUUCGAUAAAAGAGUUUGAACUAUGAUUACGCCGAAAGUUUGCUACUUUUUUUCUUCUUCUGGGGAGUAGUAAGAUUGAUAGCUAAGUAAAGCAAAGGAUAAAAAAGAUUGAAUCUUUUCACUUUUUUUCUUUCUUCCAACAAGGAAUAACGUAAAGAAGAAAAAAGCUUCAAUGAUUCGUUAACUCUCUCUCUAUAAAACCCUUUUUGAGGAUUUGUUGAGUUCUUAGCAGAAGAAGAAGAACAACAAUGGCGAUGUUAGUUGACCCACCAAACGGGAUCAAACAACAAGGCAAACAUUACUACUCCAUGUGGCAGACUCUGUUCGAAAUCGACACCAAGUAUGUUCCUAUCAAACCCAUCGGCAGAGGAGCUUACGGUGUGGUUUGCUCUUCGGUCAACCGUGAGACCAACGAGAGAGUCGCUAUCAAAAAGAUUCAUAGCGUGUUUGAGAAUCGUGUUGAUGCUCUGAGGACGUUGAGAGAGCUUAUGCUUCUUAGGCAUGUGAGGCACGAGAAUGUGAUCGCGCUUAAAGAUGUUAUGUUGCCUUCCGUUAGAUCCAGUUUCAAAGAUGUUUACUUGGUUUAUGAGCUCAUGGAUACUGAUCUUCAUCAGAUCAUCAAGUCCUCUCAGUCUCUUUCUGAUGAUCACUGCAAGUACUUCUUGUUUCAGUUGCUAAGAGGGUUGAAGUAUCUUCACUCUGCAAACAUCCUUCACCGAGACUUGAAGCCAGGGAACCUCUUGGUCAACGCUAACUGCGACUUAAAGAUAUGUGACUUCGGGUUAGCGAGAACGAGCCAAGGCAACGAGCAGUUCAUGACGGAGUAUGUGGUUACACGUUGGUACAGAGCACCUGAGCUUCUUCUCUGCUGUGACAACUACGGAACCUCCAUCGAUGUCUGGUCAGUUGGGUGCAUAUUCGCGGAGAUUCUUGGUCGAAAACCGAUUUUCCCGGGGACUGAAUGUCUCAACCAGCUUAAGCUGAUCAUCAAUGUUGUUGGUAGCCAGCAAGAAUCUGAUAUUCGGUUUAUCGAUAACCCGAAAGCUAGGAGGUUUAUAAAGUCUCUUCCUUUCUCUAGGGGUACACAUCUCUCUAAUCUCUACCCGCAAGCUAAUCCUCUAGCUAUAGAUUUGUUACAGAGGAUGCUUGUGUUUGAUCCAACCAAGAGAAUCUCUGUGACUGAUGCACUCUUGCACCCGUACAUGGCGGGUCUGUUUGAUCCUGGAUCUAACCCACCUGCUCAUGUCCCUAUCGCUCUGGACAUAGAUGAGAACAUGGAGGAAAGAAUGAUCAGGGAGAUGAUGUGGGAUGAAAUGCUUUACUACCACCCUGAAGCUGAAACCGCAAACGCGUGAUUGUCAUCGAGAGUUUUUUUUCGUACUCGAAAAUGAAGCUUUGUUGUUAUGUUAUAUAGCGAGUCCACAAACGGCUCGAGUGUGUGAGUGAGUGAGUAGCAGUAAGAGAGUUUGAAGAGCUAGCUGAUAAGUAUCUCUUUUCUGCUUUGUAAACGUGAAUCUUGGAGACUGUUUGUUAUUAAGUUAAGGUUUGUUCUUA